UCUUGGCUCAUGCAGCUCGUGAUUCUUAGUGAUUGCAGGUCACAUGACCUGUCCAUUGCACAGCGCCACAUGUGCUAUACUGAACACCGGUGCAUCCGUUCGUCAUGACGCAAAGUUAUCAUCACACACUCCUAGAACAGGGAGAGAAGAAGACUGAAGAACGGGGGUCGUGGGGAGGCAGGUUCGAGUUCCUGCUGUCCUGUGUGGGCUACGCUGUUGGUCUAGGAAACGUCUGGAGGUUCCCUUACCUCUGCUACAGGAAUGGAGGAGCUACGUUCCUCAUCCCGUACGUCAUCAUGUUGGUGGUUGCUGGUCUGCCGUUAUUCUUCCUGGAGCUGGCGGUGGGUCAGUUCGCCUCCGAGGGGCCGAUCACAGUGUGGAAGGUCAGCCCAGCAUUCCAUGGUAUCGGGUUUGCAAUGGUGACCAUCAGCGGCAUGGUGUCCAUCUACUACAACGUCAUCAUCAUGUACGCCAUCUACUACAUGUUUGUCAGCUUCGUCAGCCUGGAUACGACGGUACCGUGGGCGUCGUGUGGCAAUCCCUGGAACACCGACUCAUGUAGGUCGGAGCCCUACCCAACACUCAAUACCAUGGAUGAAACAGCAAAAAUGGAAAUACUUUACACCCAACUGUAUAACGUGACGUGUGUUGGCGAUCUCCUUGGGAACUUCUCCAACACGUACAACAGCACGUUCACUGACCCCGCCCAGCUGAACUCAUCAAUGGUUCUCAGUGACGUCAACAAGGCCUGCAGGAUCAGAUAUGUUGCCCCCAGUGCAGAAUACUGGGAACGCGCUGUCCUGCGUCUUCACGAAGCCGAUGGGUUUGAAGACAUGGGAAGCAUCAGUCUGAAGAACGUCGCCUGUCUACUGAUUGCCUGGACCAUUAUCUUCCUGUGCAUCAUGAAGGGAGUUAAGUCUUCUGGCAAGGUCGUUUACUUCACUGCCACGUUCCCCUACAUCAUCCUGGUGGUCCUGCUGGUCCGGGGCCUGACUCUAGAGGGAUGCGAGAAGGGCAUUACAUUCUACAUGACCCCACAGAUCCACAGGUUGACAGAGGCCAAGGUAUGGGGAGAUGCUGCCACGCAGAUCUUCUACUCCCUGGGAGCUGGGUUCGGUGGAUUGUUGACCAUGUCCAGUUUCAACAAGUUUAGGAACAACUGUGAACGGGAUGCUGUCAUCGUCGCCAUCAUCAACUGUGUCACCAGUGUGUUCGCGGGCUUCGCCAUCUUCUCCCUCCUUGGUUUCAUGGCGCACACCACCAACCAGGACGUGGAGAGCGUGGUCGACCAAGGACCCGGCCUUGCUUUCAUUGCUUACCCAGAAGGCCUUGCAAAACUUCCGAUGUCGUCGUUGUGGGCUUUCCUGUUCUUCUUUAUGUUGCUGACCCUCGGCUUGGACAGUCAGUUCGUCAUGAUGGAGACGUUGAUCAGCGGCAUCAGUGACAUCUUCCCACGUUUCCUGAGAACACAUAAAACUCCCUUCACCGCCUUCUGUUGUCUCAUUGGUUUUCUGCUUGGAUUGCCUCAAGUCACAAAGGGUGGUAUCUACAUGAUGACACUGAUGGAUUGGUACUGUGGCAGCUACAACCUGAUGCUGGUGGCUCUGGCGGAGAUAAUUUGUCUCAUGUAUGUCUAUCCUUUGGUCGGUUGGUUCUGGCCACAACAAGAAGGAAGAAAAACUCUGUUCCCGUUCAUGGAGGACAUCGAGAUGAUGAUUGGCCACAAGCCCAACCCCUACUGGGUCAUUAACUGGGUCUUCCUGGCCCCUGUCAUCAUCAUUUUCAUCGUGAUCGUGUCAGCCACUCAGUAUGCCCCCGCUAACUAUGGAGACUACAAGUUUCCACCAUGGACGGAGGGGAUUGGCUGGUGCAUGGUUGUCGCCCCUGUUGCUAUGAUACUCCUCGUCAUGGCUAUACAAGUGUGCAGACUUGGUCCGCUCAAGGCGUUCAGCCCUACAGACAGUUGGGGACCCGCUAACCCCGAGGAUCAGACAGGUAAAUAUGCCAGUCUCAGGAAUGAGCCAAUAAUGGUGUGCAGCAUGAGUGACAUCAAGCUUGACAGCCCUCCUUACAUCGGCGGGAUAGACUCUCCUCCCGCCUCCGAAAGGGUAUACGGAGACGCCUCACCCUACAUCGGCGGGGUAGCCACUCCAUUGCGUCACGUACCUUCACUUCGACAGGAACGAGUGUUUCAAGAAACCGUUGCCUGAAGUUAAUGAGGACAAGAACCUUUCAUGCAUGGGCAGUAACCCGUCCAUUCACAUUCCAUGACGGUGAGGAACAGAGCAUGUGUCUUCAUUACGACAAUUAACGUGUAUUUUCAGAACAAACUUUGUGAUACCAUUUAUACUUUUACAUUUAGACUGCAUUAUGGUUUUAAAUGUCAUCCAUAUUGUCCCGUACGAAGAGUCCACAAGAAACCUCUACCAAGCAGUUAACCAUUUGUGUGAUUAGUGCCUCUUUGAUAGUGCUAUGUUUGGUAUUGAAUUAUCCUAUAUGUUUAUUCAGUACAUGACCAAAGCUACAGCAUACUAAGAACUGCAUUUAAACAAUUAUCUUAUUUGAGAGCAAAACAUUAGAUGCAUGUAUAGGUGAUGCACGUAUCAAACUGUAAAUGUCACUACACCCGUAUCAUGCCAUCAUAACAUCUCAAGGGACAUGCUUCAAAUUUCGACUAUAACAAAAACAUGCAAAUGCUGGAUUUGUUCCAAAGGCUUUCAAAUAAUAAGUUCAUCAUUGUUUGAGUAAACUGUUGUGUGUACAUUGUUUUAACUCUGUAUAUCCAAACUAUAUGUGUUGCGUGUUGUGAACAACGUUUUAUACUAUAUGGUGCAUACUAAUAACCUUUUAGUUAUUAAAGUGUUUUAAUAUA